AUGACUAGACGAAGAAAUCCAAUACAUCAGGACAAAAAAUACAUUAUUUUUCGUGUGGAAUUUGAAUUGGCUCAGAGAUGCCCGUCUUUCAUCGCUAUGAGGGUUAUGUCUCCAAAACUCAAUCUACAACCACGAUUCCAGCGCGGAAUGGAAGAAGCUAUCACCUUUACUUGGAGUGAAGCGAUCUUUGUUUCCAUUAUGGUAGUUGCUGGACCAGGUCGUUCAAAAUCGUCAUGGUUGGAAUCGGCGUCCUGGUGGAGCCUCCGGAGCUCCGGGACAUUGACGCGCUCACCGUCCGUGCCUCACGUUAUUAUCCCGCUGUCGCCUCCUACCCUCUUGUCCAGCGCCGGGUCAUGCAUAUAG